GCAUAUUUGACAUAAUUAGUGAUACCAUAAGCUCGAAAACUUCAGAAUUCUUAACAAGAAAGAUGGAGUUCAAGAAGUAUUAUCUUGAUCUAGUUCUGGUACCCUUAUCGUUUAUGAUAUCUAUCAGCUAUCACCUUUGGUUAUGGCAUAAGGUUCGAACUCAACCACUCUCGACUGUUAUUGGUACCAAUGCCCAUGGACGUCGGUUAUGGGUAUCAACCAUUAUGAAGGAUAAUGAAAAGAAAAACAUCUUAGCCGUUCAGACAUUUAGAAACACAAUCAUGGGAUCAACCCUAAUGGCCACCACAUCAAUACUUUUAUGUUCCGGUUUAGCAGCGGUUAUCAGUAGUACUUAUAGUGUUAAAAAACCCCUUGAGGACACAAUUUAUGGGGCACAUGGAGAAUUCAUGGUGGCGUUGAAGUACGUGACACUCCUUGUUAUAUUUCUCUUCUCUUUUAUGUGCUAUUCUCUAUCAAUUAGAUUCAUAAGCCAAGUGAAUUACCUGAUCAACUGCCCACAAGAUUCAACAAUAGUGACUUCAAUGUAUGUAUCCGAGCUUUUAGAGAAGAGUUUUUCACUUAACGCAAUAGGAAACCGGCUUUUUUACUUAGCACUUCCAGUUGUGCUUUGGAUAUUUGGGCCUUUGCUCGUGUUACUAUGCUCUCUCGUAAUGGUUCCAGUGCUUUAUAAUCUAGAUUUCUUGUUUGAAGAUUCGAAGAAAGGGAGGGUGAGUGAAGUAGCAAAUGAGGUGUAAUACAUGGUUGAUGAAAUUGUAACUCUCUAUAUAAUUUGUUGUUUUAAUUUAUGAAAUUGAAUAUUUUGUAUCAUUAGCUUUAA